AUGGAGGCCAUCAAGAAGAAAAUGCUUAUGCUGAAGUUGGACAAGGAAAAUGCGCUGGAUCAGGCGGAACAGGCUGAAACAGACAGAAAAGCAGCUGAAGACAGAAGCAAGCAGCAUGAAGACGAGCUUCUACAAAUGCAAAAGAAGCUGAAAGCAACAGAAGAUGAGCUUGAUAAAUACUCCGAGGCCUUAAAAGAUGCUCAGGAGAAGCUUGAAGUUGCUGAUAAGAAAGCUGCUGAUGCAGAAGCAGAAGUGGCUUCCCUCAACAGACGUAUCCAGCUCGUAGAGGAGGAGUUGGACCGCGCUCAAGAGAGGCUGGCAACAGCUCUGCAAAAACUGGAAGAAGCUGAGAAGGCUGCUGAUGAGAGCGAGAGAGGUAUGAAGGUCAUUGAGAACAGAGCUCUGAAAGAUGAAGAGAAGAUGGAGCUCCAGGAGAUUCAGCUAAAGGAAGCUAAACACAUCGCAGAGGAGGCUGACCGCAAAUACGAGGAGGUUGCUCGUAAACUGGUGAUUGUAGAAGGAGAGUUAGAGCGUACAGAGGAGAGGGCAGAGCUGGCUGAGGCUAAAUGUGCUGAGCUGGAGGAUGAACUGAAGAAUGUCACCAAUAACCUAAAGUCCCUGGAGGCCCAGGCUGAGAAGUACUCGCAAAAGGAGGACAAGUAUGAGGAAGAAAUUAAGAUCCUAACUGACAAACUGAAAGAGGCCGAGACGCGAGCUGAGUUUGCUGAGAGAUCUGUGGCCAAGCUGGAGAAGACAAUUGAUGAUCUGGAAGAUGAACUUUAUGCACAAAAGCUCAAGUACAAAGCCAUCAGUGAGGAACUGGACCAUGCCCUUAAUGACAUGACCUCUAUGUAA